AUGAGCCCUUCACUUUGUCAAUAUGCUGCUCACACAACCUGUACUCCUUCUAUAAAAGCUCCCAAAAUUCUUGUUUUCAUCGCUUCACAUAUCCAGAAUCUUCUAAGUCCUCUUCCAUUCAAGAAAAAACAAUUAUCAAUGGCUUCUCCGAGUGUACAAGACCUUCUACCACCAUCUCUGGAUUCUACUUCCCAACCCCCAUCACUCUUUGAUGGAACUACCAGGUUGUAUAUCAAUUAUCAAUGCCCCUAUUCUCAACGUGUGUGGAUUACAAGGAAUGUUAAGGGUUUACAAGACAUGAUCAAGUUAGUUCCAAUUGAUCUUCAGAAUAGGCCUGAUUGGUACAAGGAAAAAGUUUACCCCAAAAAUAAGGUGCCUUCCCUAGAGCACAACAACAAAGUGACGGGAGAGAGUUUGGUUCUGGUUAAAUAUGUUGAUUGUAACUUUGAAGGACCAUCAUUCUUGCCGGAUGACCAGGAAAAGCAAAAAUUUGCUGAAGAAUUGAUAGCUUAUAGUGACACUACAUUCGUCCCGGAAGUAUACAGAUCGUUCGCAAAAGAUGCACGGACACUGGCUGGUGCACAAUUUGAUUACCUAGAAAAAGCUCUCCACAAAUUCGACGAUGGGCCUUUCUUCCUUGGUCAAUUCAGUCAGGUUGACAUAACAUAUGCUCCAUUUAUCGAAAGGUUCCAUGUUUUUAUGCCAGAGGGGUUUAACUAUGACAUCACAACCGGGAGGCCUAAGCUAGCCAAGUGGAUUGAGGAAAUGAACAAUCUUGACGGAUACAAGCAAACAAAAGUCUUGGAACAAGAGAAAAUGGUUGAGUACUACAAGAAUCGCUUUCUGCUGAAAGCUUGA